UUGGGCAAAUAAACUAACAAGUAUCUAACACCACAAGAUGGGGAGUGGAAUUAGCUCAGAGAGCAAGGAGUCAGCCAAAAGAUCCAAAGAACUGGAGAAAAAGCUUCAGGAAGACGCUGAGCGAGAUGCAAGAACUGUAAAGUUGCUGUUAUUAGGUGCCGGAGAAUCUGGAAAAAGUACGAUCGUUAAACAAAUGAAGAUCAUCCAUAAGAAUGGUUACAGUGAGCAAGAAUGCAUGGAGUUCAAAGCAGUAAUAUACAGUAAUACAUUGCAAUCCAUCCUAGCUAUUGUGAAAGCCAUGACUACCCUUGGGAUUGAUUAUGUAAAUCCCACAAGUGCAGAAGACCAACAACAACUCUGUGCGAUGGCGAACACUCUACAAGAUGGUGGCAUGACACCUGAACUGGCCGAGGUAAUAAAAUGACUCUGGAGACCUGGAGUUCAGGCCUGCUUUGAAAGGGCAUCUGAGUAUCACCUCAACGACUCAGCAGCUUACUAUCUGAAUGAUGUCGACAGAAUCACAGCUCCUGGGUAUGUCCCAAAUGAGCAAGAUGUGCUGCAUUCUCGAGUGAAAACAACCAAAAUCAUUGAAACUCAAUUCUCCUUUAAAGACUUGCAUUUCAGAAUGUUCGAUGUAGGAGGACAGAGAUCUGAGAGAAAGAAAUGGAUUCACUGCUUUGAAGGUGUUACAUGUAUUAUAUUUUGUGCAGCACUCAGUGCCUAUGACAUGGUCCUGGUGGAAGAUGAGGAAGAGAACAGAAUGCACGAGAGCCUUCACUUGCUCAACAGCAUCUGUAAUCACAAGUACUUUGCAACCAUCUCCAUUGUCCUGUUUCUCAAUAAAAAAGAUCUUUUUCAAGAAAAAGUAACCAAAGUGCAUCUUAGUGUCUGCUUUCCGGAAUACACUGGACCAAAUACAUUUGAAGAUGCAGGGAACUACAUCAAAAACCAGUUUCUAGACCUGAAUUUAAAGAAAGAAGAUAAGGAAAUUUAUUCCCACAUGACCUGUGCUACAGAUACCCAAGAUGUCAAGUUCGUGUUGGAUGCAGUUACAGAUAUAAUAAUCAAAGAGAAUCUAAAAGACUGUGGGCUUGGGCGCCUGGGUGGCUCAGUCGGUUAAGCGACUGUCUUCGGCUCAGGUCAUGAUCCUGGAGUCCCAGGAUCAAGUCCCGCAUCGGGCUCCCUGCUUAGCAGGGAGUCUGCUUCUCCCUCUGACCCUCCACCUUCUCAUGCUCUCUCUCUAUGAUUCUCUCUCUCUCAUUCUCUCUCUCUCAAUAAAUAAAUAAAAAUCUUUAAAAAAAUAAAAAUAAAAAAAAAUA